AUGACUGAUCGUUUGUGCGAGCGUUGUGAAGCUUGGCAAUGCUGUCUCUCUCGAAGGCAUGCUGCCACAGCGGCUAGCAUCGAUACGCAUGCUCCCAUUGAAUUGGCUACAAAAACUUCCCGAACCACACGUAGCAGAAAAUCUCUCCGCGAUGCGAAGCCAUUCUCUGCAUUCUUGACAGAUUCGUUCGAUCGACAACAUGACUACCUUCGCAUAUCGCUCACGGAACGAUGCAAUCUGCGUUGCAUGUACUGUAUGCCAGAGGAAGGUAUCGAGCUUUCCCCGGACAAGGACAUCCUGACUUCUGCAGAGAUCGUCUACCUCAGCGCACUAUUCGUUAAUCAAGGUGUAACCAAAAUCCGACUGACGGGCGGCGAGCCGACUGUAAGAAAGGACAUUGUUCCAUUGAUGCGCCGGAUUGGAGACUUGAGGGCACAGGGGUUGAAAGAGCUGGCCUUGACAACCAAUGGCAUCUCCUUGCAUCGUAAGCUUGAUGGAAUGGUGGAGGCUGGCCUUACAGGGGUCAAUAUCAGCUUGGACACACUAGAUCCAUUUCAAUUCCAGCUCCUUACACGGAGGCAGGGAUUUGACGCUGUCAUGAAGAGCAUCAGGCGUGUGCAAGAGAUGAAUAAGCUGGGCGCCGGAAUCAAACUCAAAAUAAACUGCGUCGCCAUGCGCGGCCUUAACGACCAUCAGAUUCUACCUUUCGUCGAGAUGACUAGAGAACACGAUAUGGAGGUUCGCUUCAUCGAGUAUAUGCCGUUUGGUGGAAACAAAUGGUCGGAGAAGAAGAUGCUGCCAUAUACGGAAAUGCUAGACAUCAUCCGCGUGAAGCAUUCAAACAUCGAACGCCUGAAAGGGCACAAGAAUGACACUUCGAAAACAUUCCAAAUCCCUGGUUUCAACGGCCUUAUUGGCUUCAUAACUAGCAUGACCAAUGACUUUUGUGGUUCCUGCAAUCGCUUACGAAUUACCUCAGAUGGCAACUUGAAAGUUUGUCUUCACGGCAACGCCGAAGUUAGUCUCCGCGAUCUACUGCGGGAGGAUCAUAACGGCAAUCCGAUGGAUGACGCAGCGUUCGAGGCACUGAGAGAUAUUGAACUUGGUUGUCAACAAGGGCCGAGAGGACCCGUUGAAGGCUGGAUAGGUAAGGAGCGCCAACUUCUUGAUGUAAUAGGUGCUGCCGUGCAGCGGAAGAAAGCUCGACAUGCCGGCAUGGGCGAGCUUGAGAACAUGAAAAACCGACCCAUGAUUCUCAUUGGUGGAGUGCCAGAUGCUCAACCCAAACCGCAACUCUCGCAUUUCACCGAAAAUGGCGAAGCAAACAUGGUCAAGGUCGGUGGGAAGCCUGCGACAGAACGUACAGCCACUGCCUAUGCCGCUGUCUGUUUUAGUACACCGGACGCACUUCGGGCAACAAACAUGAAUAUUCAUAAGAAGGGCGACAUCAUCGGUGUCGCCCGUGUCGCGGGCAUCAUGGCAGCUAAACGCACGUCAGAGCUUAUCCCUCUUUGUCAUCCGAUCGCCAUUUCCCAAGUAGCAAUGGAUCUUAGGGUCAUGAAAGGGGGACAAACUAGCGAAAUGUUCGACACUACGCCUCACGGACAUAUUGAGAUCACAGCUACUGUGCUGUGCACGGGUCCGACCGGAGUGGAGAUGGAGGCGCUGACUGCGGUCAAUGUGGCUGCACUGACUUUAUACGAUAUGUGCAAAGCGGUGGAUAAAGGCAUGACGAUUCAUGCACGACUGGAUCACAAGGAUGGUGGAACCAGUGGGGAGUGGCGCGGCGAUCGGGGAAUCAUGCCCACGGAGAAUCUUGAGAAAAAGAAUCUUGAGAAAGAGAAUCUUGAAAGGGAGAAUUUUGAUGAGGACGAUCUUGAAGAGGACGAUCUUGAGGAGGACGAUCCUGAGGAGCGGAGACCUUGA